AUGUCGCUCUACGCGUACGACCGCAAGCCGGACGCGCCUCCCGGCCAGAAGGACAAGCCCGCCGCGCGGCUCGGGAGGGGGUCCUUCGGCAUGACGUACCGGAUGCGCAAGGCUGCUGGGAUCGACGAGAGGCGGUAUGCGGUCAAGAUGAUCGAGUCGGAGGAGCUGGACGGUGCUGGCUUGGAGAAGGAGGCGCGCCUACUCUCGAUGAUCGAGCACGAGAACACACUGCGCUUCUACGACGCCUUUUGGCACGACACCGACGACGGCCGCCUCUUCGUCAUCGUCACGGAACUUCUCACCGGCGGCUCCCUCGCCGAGAAGAUCGCCGCCGCGCCGCCGCUGCAACCACUCGAGGUAGCGACACUGAUGCAGCAGGUCGCGUCCGGGCUCGCAUACAUGCACUCGCUCAACCUGCAGCACCGCGACCUCAAGCCGGCCAACGUGAUGCUCGACUCGACGGGCCGCGCGAAGAUCAUCUACUUUGGGCUCGCGUGCGUCAUUCCCGCCUCGCACCACUCGCGCAUGGGCACGGACGCGUACAUGUCGCCCGAGAAGACCGACGGGGGGCGGUAUGGGCCGGCGGACGACGUCUGGGCCGCAGGCUGCAUCCUCGCGGAGCUGCUGCUUGGCCGC